AUGGCUCUGCAAUCUGAUGAUUGCCCUUCCAUUGAAGAGGGUAUUCAGCGGAUGUUCUCUGAUCAGAAAUGGAUUUCUGAGAUGAGAGAUUUGGCUGAUGCUUCUGACCGUCUGGAGGAAUCUAUGGAGAGCAUGCUGAAGCUUGGAUCCAACAUGGUUGAACCUGACAAAAUCAGCAAGAAGCUCAAAAUAUGUGUAUUCGGUAUCCCUAGCCAAGGCUUCUACGCCAUUGACAUCCCAGAGGCAAGAAUCAAAGUGACUCAGGCUACUGGUUUUAUAACUAUGUUAGAAGGUGAGGCUUCAGAAGAUAAAAUAGCUAAGGAAUUGAAGAACCUUGUCAGGAGAGACUGGGAUUUCAGGGUGAAGAAGACAGAUAAAAAGGAAUACAUGGUCGUGUUUCCUGACAAGAGCACAUUAGUGAUCUUUGCCAAACUGUCAGAGUUUGAGAUGCCCCUCUAUGGACUAAAGGGCAAAAUUGAUGUUGCCAAUUUUGAUCCUGAGUCUUCAUUAGUGCUACAUAUAGUUUGGGUGAAGAUAUCCAAUCAUCCUAGGACUACAAAAGACAUAGAAACUGUUAGGGAAAUUGCUUAUCUGGUGAUUGAACCGAUUAUAGUCGAUGAGGUUAGUUUGAUCAAAGCUGGUCCUGUGAGGGUACAGGGGAGAUGCAGGAAUCCUUCUCUGAUUAAGGGCUCUAUUGAGGACAUCCAAGAUAUAUCCUUGAACAAUGAUGACCACUUGACUAGUGAGGGUGCCGAGGUGAACUCGAUUAGGGUAGAUGUGGGGUCUGUAAACAACAAAGGGGGUGAGAUCCAUACUGAUAUGGAGAAGGAGAUCCUUGGAAAAUAUCAGUCACAAGAACAGGAUGGGCUAGGGGAGCUCACCCAGGAGGAUAAUGUGACUGUCCAACUGGAAAACAGUGACAAUCUAUCUUUAGGGAAGGAAGCUGCUGAGGGAGACAUUCACAAGACAGAGUUGGUGAAAGAGGGCAUCAGGAACUCUGAUAAACAGCUUGAAGAGGAGGAUUUCAUGGAUUAUAUUUCUGAUCAAAGCAAGAAUUCAGAUAUGGAGACCGACUGUCAAGGGUGGCAGUCUCCAAAAUCCAGGAAGUCUAAGAAGAAGAACAUGCGACAGGUGAUGGUAGCUACCAGAACAAGCAGUCGGGUGCCAAGGGAUGGCAUACUUAUUGCUACAAAGGCUGCUAACAGAGCCAAAGCCAAGAACACUAUAACAGGUACUAUUACCACAACAAAUCCUUUUACUGUUCUUAACAACGCUUCUACUGCUUCCUUAGAGAAGGUUAUUAUAGAUUUAGACAUUGAGGUAGAAAAUGUUGAGGAACAAAUUGAUAUCUUUAGGGCGGAGAAGCUUGCUAGGGCAGCUAUUGCUAAAGCAAAUUACAAAGCCUUUUUAGAAAAACAGAAAGAGAGGCAGGGGCCUUUAUCUGAUUCACAGUUAGAAGAUUUAGCCAUGGAGGCUAUUGAUAAUCGAGGGAGAGGUGUCAUUUCUGAUCAAGCUAAGGGAGGCCUUGAUAGUAAUGCCCAGAGUGCUUAUAUUGAAAUCACCUCCUCUAGUGAAAACAAUGAGGUGCAUGUUUUGGAAUGUUAG